AUGGAUGAAUUAACAGAUGUGUGGGUAGAAGGACAGCCGCCCCCAGAGUGUGACAGGGCCCCUGCAGUAUCCUGGGCACUUUGCAGUGGAGUGGGAGCCUGUGCCAAGAGGCUGUGCCCGCUGACCUGGUGCAGUGGGGUGGACAGCCUGGCACAGUUUCCAAACCUGAACGUGGAGAUUGCCCUCACCCACCUGGUCACCGUACACCUGCAAGCCUCUAACACCUACCUCUCUCUGGGCUUCUAUGUCCGUUGCGGGGACUAUGUGGCUCUGGAGGGUGUGGGUCACUUUUUCCACAAAUUGGCCGAGGAGAAGCACGAAGACACCCAGCAUCUCUUGAAAAUGCAAAAUCAGCCCUCUUCCUGGACGUGCAGAAGCUAUCUCCAGAUGAGUGGAGUGAAAUCCAGGACGCUAUGGAGGCUGCCUUGCUCCUGGAAAAGAACCAGAACCAGGUCCCUUUGGAUCUGCGAGUCCUGGACUCUGCCUUGUAGACCACCCCCACUGCUGCGACUUCCUGGAAAGCCACUCCUGGAUGAGGAGGUGAAAGUCAUCAAGAAGAUGGGCGACCACCUGACUAACCUCCACAGGCUGGCUGGUCCCCAGGCUGGGCCAGGCCAGUAUCUCUUCUAA